AUGUCUGAAGUGCCCGAGAAUCCUAUUAUCGUUGUUGGCGGUGGACUUGCUGGCUUAUCUGCUGCACAUCAAGCAUACUUACGGGGUGCCAAUGUGGUACUUCUUGACAAGCAAUCGUUUCUUAGUGGAAACAGUGGAAAGGCGACUUCUGGUAUCAAUGGAGCGUUAACAAGGACCCAAAUAGACCUCUCAAUCAAGGACUCUGUACAACAAUUUUAUGAGGAUACAUUGAAGACAGCUAAAGAUAGAGCCAAUCCAGAUUUGAUCAAGGUUUUGACUUACAAUUCUGCUGAUGCAGUACACUGGCUCCAAGAAGUGUUUGACCUAGAUCUCUCUGUGGUGUCGAGGUUAGGUGGCCAUUCACAACCUCGUACUCACAGAGGUAAAGAUGCCAAAUUCCCUGGCAUGGCUAUCACCUACAGAUUACUUGAGCAACUUGAAAACUUGGCCGAGUCGGAGCCCAAUAGGGUCAUGAUCUUAAAGCGUUGUCAAGUUGUUGAUUUGGUUAAGGAAGAAGGCUCCGACUUUUCAAUUCGUGGAGUGAAAUACAAGAACCUUGAUAACAAAGAGAAACACGAGUUAUUGGGCCCAGUGAUCUUAGCCACUGGUGGCUAUGCUGCAGAUUUCACUAAAAACUCGUUGCUCCGCAAAUACAGACCAGAUAUUAUCGACUUGCCAUCAACUAACGGAAAUCAUGCUACUGGAGAUGGCCAAAAAAUUGUCAUGAAGAACAAAGGAGUGGGAAUUGACAUGGAUAAGGUCCAGGUGCAUCCUACCGGCUUGAUUGAUUUGAAUGACAAAGAUGUCAUAAGUGGUAAAAAGUCUCCCAGGUUUCUCUUUCUCGGUGCUGAAGCCCUUAGAGGAGAAGGAGGGAUCAUCUUCAACAACCAAGGUGAAAGAUUUGUGGACGAGCUUGGAACCAGAGAUUACGUUUCUGGCGAAAUGGAAAAGCAAAUCAAGGCUGGCAAUGGCCCAUUAAGAUUGGUGUUGAGCACAAAGAGUGAGAAGCAAUUGCUGUUCCACAUCAAGCACUACACGCAAAGAAAUCUUAUGAAAAAGAUCACUGGCAAACAAUUAGCGGAAGAAAUUGGCUGUUCCCAAGACACCUUACAAGCUCAAAUUGACGAAUACAACAAGGCAGCGAAAGGUGAGGUAGAAGACAAGUUCGGAAAGAAGUUUUUCCCAACUACGCCUUUCGAAUUCGGACCUGACAAGGAAUUCUAUGUGUCGUUCAUUACGAGAGUUUUACACUUCACAAUGGGUGGUGUCAAGAUUGAUGAUAAGACUCAUGUUCUUUACCAAGAGGGAGACGAAUUUAAGCCAUUUGAUGGUCUUUACGCCUGUGGUGAGGUUGCAGGUGGAGUUCAUGGACACAAUAGGUUGGGAGGAUCUUCGUUGUUGGCGUGCGUAGUGUAUGGUCGAGUUGCUGCCGAUCAAGCUACCAACUUUUUUAUGCAAAAAUUAACUUCCAGAUCUCCACAGAACGCCGCAGUCAACAGAUUGCAACAGAUUAGUUUUCAUAUUGACCCAAACCAUCCCCAACGAGUUGUUAUUGAUUGGGGAAACAAGGAUGGAAGUGGAGAAAGUGAGAAUGAAGAUCAGGGCAAGAAACAGAGCCAGAACUCUCAAAGCAAAUCAGGCUCAUCCCCAGCUCAGUCUAAGCCCAAGGAACUGAUAAGCCAAUUCAAAAUCCCAGACAAGGAGUUCACGGAGGAAGAAGUUGCAAAGCACAACAAAAAAGAGAACUGCUGGUGUAUCGUUAAAAAUGUUGUUCUUGACUUAACGUCCUUCUUGGACAACCACCCAGGAGGCGCCGAAUCGAUUUUGAAUUUUGCUGGAAAGGACGCAACUGAAAGUUUUGACAUGCUUCAUGAGGACAACGUUGUCGUCAGGUAUGCUAAGGAGUGUGUUUUAGGUAGGCUUAAAGGAAAAACACCAGCAUUGGAGUUUUAG